GACGCGGCUGCAUGAGGCGGGGGGCGGAGGCGGCGGGAUGGCGGGCCCUGGCCCCGGCUCUCAUCGACCCCGGCCCCGGCCCCGGCCCCGGCCCCGGCCCCGAGGAGCGCAUUGCCGCCCGCCGUCUCCGUAUCGCCGCCCGCCUCGAUGCCAAGCGGCGGGAAGCCCUUGGAGAAGGUGCAGAGCCAAAGGUGGCUGAGGAAGAGGAAGAGCAGAGAAGGAGCCAUAAGGAGAUUGAGGAGAGCAGGCAGAAGCUGGCCAAGCUGCUCUUUGAUGGCACGCAGAUGGUGACAAAUAUCCAGGUGGCUGCUGACUUGAGGGAAACACAGAGGAGGGCAGAGGAGGCAGAGCGGAAGCUGCAGAGGGUGGAGAAGCUGGCUAAUGAGGCCAAAUCUAGCGCGUGCAAGUUUGAGGAGAUCACCUCCAAGUGGGCCUUGGCCAAGGAGAUGACGAUCCCACAGGAGCUGUGGCAUCUGCUGAACCAACAGCAGCAGCAGUGCGCGCUGCUUCUGGAGGAGAAGAACAAGCUCAUCGGUGACCUGCAGCAGGAACUGAAAAACAAAGACGAGGAAUACGUGCAGGCCAUUAAGAAGCAGUCGGAUGAUAUCUACCUGCUUUUGGAGAGAAUGGAGGAACAGAUCAGGAUCAUGCUGAAAACUUACCGUCACAAACUCCUACAGAUUGAGAAAGCUUUUGAGCUUGAAAGGCGAGAGCUGCUAGACAACAACAGGAAGAAGUGGGAGGAAGCCAUUCAAGCCCACAAUGCCCAGGAGCUGGCAUACCUGCAUGCCCGUAUGAGGAAGGUGGAGGAGUAUGAGAAACAGCUGAAUCAGCUGCGGGUGGAGGAUGAGGAGGAAUAUAACAGCAUGAAGAUUCAGCUGGAGAACGAUGUGCAGAACCUGGAGAGGCAGCUCCAGCAGAUGAAAGCUGUCUAUCAGCUGAACCAGGAGAAGCUGGAGUACAACCUUCAGGUGCUUAAGAACCAGGACAAGGAGAACACCAUCAUCAGAUCCCAACAGAAGAGGAAGCUCAACCGGCUCCACACCUUGCUCAAUAACCUGAGAAUAAAACUGGCCAAACAAGAGAAGCAGUUCAGAGAGGAGAACCAGAGCCUGGCAGCCGACUGCGAGCGCAUCACGGGGCAGUGCAAGGAGGUGCAGAGGAGGAUGAGGCACUUUGCUGUCAGUGACGCUGAGAAGUUCACAGAGGUCUGGCUUAUGAACGAGGAAGAAGCCAAAGGGCUGAUGCGGAAAGCCCUCGAUGCGGAUCGCAUCAUUCACACCCAGCAGCUGGGGCUGCCCUGGGAAGAGCCUCAUUACUGGUUCCUGGACAAUGUCGGGCCCCUCGGGCGUUGCAAGGCAAAGAGGAUGGCGACCACGUUGGCUGAGGAGGUCCUGACAGAGAGCAGCUCUGGGGGACAGGAGGAGGAAGAGAGAGAGAAGAAGGAAGAAGUGGGUAGUGGAGAAGGAGGAAAAGAAAACACAGUGAAGGUUGAGGAUAGAGUCACACCUCUGCAAAAUAUCUCCAAGAAAACUGCCAAGAGGAUCCUGGAGCUCGUGAGCGACGAGUCGGGUUUCCUCAUCGAGAGCAAGCUGCUGAGGCCCCUGCACGCCCUGGGGAGGCACGAGCGUACCCUCAUGAAGCUCGACUCCAUCUUUGCGGCCCUCGAGAUCGACAGUGAGGAUGACCUGUACCAGCUGGUGGAUUUUUUCCUGAAGUACAAAGCCCAGGAGGCAGCUGUUGGCCAGAGCCAGAGAAGCCCGGGUGCAGAAGAUGUCAUGGAUCCAGCUGAGGACAGAGAGGAUGGUGGAUCUGGUGCCCAGAGGGACAAGCUCAAAUCCCCUCGGAGCUCGCUGGGCUCCUUUCCGUCUGUGUACAUCCACACUGAUGAUGUCCUAACGAUCCUGAAAGCAUUUGUGCAGGAUUUCGACAAGCUGAGGGAGAAGGACCAGUCGGCAAAGGAGGUGCUACAGGUACGGGACAGCUCCAAGGACGGGCAGUACUGGGAAGCCCUGGCACGUGUUAUCCCCGAGCCGACGUUGAAGCUGUGGGAUGCGCUGGCGGUGGCACUGGAGGAAUAUUACGAGGUCCUGACGCGCAGGGCCAGCCUCCUCGCCGAAGCAGCCAUCCUGCAGCAGCAGAACUCGGAGCUGUGCCUGCUGCUGGAGGAGUACGUCAGCUCCGGGGUGAGUGCGGCAUCCUCCUCCCCUGCAGCCUGGGGACACCCCGCCACGUGUGCCCGAAUCAGAGGUCACAGACACGGGGGCCGCUGCCCGGAGCCCACCGGUGUCAGCCCCAGGGUGCUUCUCCCCGCAGGUGAACGGCAAGCGGUGGAUGAACCUGAACCUGUCCUGCCCCGGGGAAGCGCAGUGAGUGCCCAGGGCCAGGACACGGCUUUUCUCUGCCCCGAGCUGAAGCUGGGUCUGGAGCCAGGGCUUCCUGGCAGGGACUAAUAAAUGCUUCCCAAACCUGGGUCGUGAGCGUGCGUGUGGCCUGCGAGGAGUGCCCCUCUCGCCUCUGAAGAUGCUGGGGAGCUGCAGCCGAGGAUCCCCCCGAUCCAGGGGACUCACAGCACUGUGGGAAAGCAUUUCCCACUCAUGCUGCAAAGCCGUCUGGUCUGUGUCCUCCCUUUCCCCCAUGGAGCCAAAGCCAGCCCUGCCUUUACCUCCCACAGGUCAGCGUCCCCACCAUCCCUAGGUGUGCUGGCUUUGGGAGAGCCCACCUUUUUCCCCCUGAUUUUACACCUUAUUCCACAAUUUUGCUGCCCCAACACCUCUUCUGCCCCCGGACUCCUCCCAGACAACCCACCCCCAAUUACUUUUCCCUCACUGCUCCCAGUGCUGCUACAGCCAUACCCAAACCCUGCA